AUGAAGAAGGAAAUGGUGGAUGAAUCGGAGAUCAAUGGACCAUCCACCAUCACGCGAUCGUACCUUCGACUCCAAUUCUCAAUUCCUCGUCUGAUCAAGUCCUCGCUGGAUAUCCACGCCGGUCAAGAGACGUGCCGGAAGACCAACCUCGAGUCCACGAGCCCAAUGAAGCAGCCACAGAACGCCACCGCGUACUUUAAUCUGGCGCACAUCGCGGACCGGCCGCGUGCAGGGAAGACACGAAACGCGAACUGCACCCUCCUGCGGGACUCGAGUACGCUGCCGUGGCCCCAAAUCGACCCGGUCAUCGACCUUGAUUCUUCCGCAAGCAAACGACUUUCACCCCAGGAUACCGUGGACUGGCCCUUGAACUCUCCCGCCUCAUCAGCUACAGAAUCCACCCGCAAGAAGCGACAAAGCCUUCGCCUGCGGCCGUCGCAAUAUUUCGAGAAUGCAGAGCCGCCAUCGCCUUUGAGAGACACGUCUCUUCGAUCCGAGUCCAGACCGAAAGCGCCCAAGAUGUCGCUGUUCAACCUCUUCAGCCGACCCAAAGUCGAAAGGCAGCGCGGUUAUGCUGAGCGCGGGCUUGAUGUACCCCAACCACAGCCCGCGAAGGACUUGAGGAAGACUGCUUCGACCCCAAACCUGUUUGCGAACGUCCAACAAGACAACGAGGCUUUGACGCAACAUUCAGCACCGUCACCCGCAGCGACUGCGCCUCCUCGAUCGAAGUCAAGGCUCAAGUUUGCCGAAGCGACUAAACCAAGCUUCCGAGAAGGCAAGACAGGACCAUUCGAGCCACCCCCGCUCUUUCAAGCAUACCCUCAGUCGAUGAAAGAUGGCUGUCUUGGAGUCUCGACGAUGUCGGUGGAGACGGCCAUGCACAAGUCGAAAGGCAGGAAAGUGGAGAAGACGGACGAGAAUUCCAGCAUUGAUACCAGGCGGUCCCGAGCUACUCUAAGACAUGGCAAAGACGACCUGGAGCUGCCGCGCAAGAUCUUUGUCCUUGUCACUUCUGGGUACUUGCUACAAUACGCCGAAACUGGCCCAUCCAACAGGCUACCAGAGAAGAUACUGCAUCUCAGUAAAGACUCGGCUGCCUUCGCCUCGGAUUUGGUGCCUGGAAAGCACUAUGUGCUCCAAGUCUCUCAGGCAGUGGACCAACAGGGUGCUAUGGUUGCGAACUCCGGAUCGAUCUUCUCGAAACUUGGUCUUCGAAGCGCAGCCGCACGGCGGAUGACCUCGGGAUUUCUGCUCGUCCUCCCCAGCGCCAAAGAGAUGGAGUCCUGGAUGACUGCGAUCAAGCGAGAGAUUGUCGACCUCGGUGGACAGGACACAGACCCUGAUGCUGCAAAACCGAUCACUCGCGCUCCAGAGGCUGCAGACGCGCUCAAGAAGACGCCGAGCCAUCGAUAUCAGGUCAAGCGAAAUCCGAGCAAGGUCGACAGGCUGACUUCGCCUACCAAGGAACCAGAUCUAAGCCUCCCGGAGUUGGAAGAUGAUAUCGAUUCGGACACUGACACUGCGACCAUCGAUGGCAUUGAAAUCGAGGCGUCGAAGCUGGACGAUGACAGCAAGGAGGUAGCUCCCCGCAAGCGCGCAGUGUCUGACGUUCCGUCGAUCUCGUCGUCUGCUGCGCAUUCUGUGGAUCAGACACAACUCAACAACAUCCGGAAUAGCGAAAGCAACAGCGCUCGUACUUCACAUACUUCCCAGGCGGGCACGUUUUCAUCGCCAGUAGCCACAUCUCAGCCCAGUUCAAUCGCUGGAUCACCACCGGCGGAGAAGCCGCUCGCAGUGGCAGACACGGGCGAGCAGCCGUCACCACAGAAGAGCAGUGGCAGGUCACUAGCUUCGUAUAGCAUGAACUGGAGACGAUCAGGCGUUCCUUUGGCCAUGCACAAAUCUGGCACUCUUCCUCCUGUGCUUAACGUCUCUCCCGGCAAGCCCAAGUUCGCUGUUAUCGAGGAGUCACCGAUAACAGGGAAGAACCCUCCGCUUCCAAUCAAUUCUUCAAUCAAGGUUCCUUCACCCAAGAAGAACCUAACAGCAGCGCGCAGCGAGCCGAAUCUUCAUGUUGCUUCGCAAUUCAACAACAAAGGCAACUCGGAGGUACCUCCACCGCCUCCUGUGCCAUCCGCCCCACCAGUUGCAGGGGCAGGUCCUCCUCCGCAACCUGAGACAGCCAAAGCCGUGGAUCAACCUGCUGAAUCUACGCAGUCACAGAGCAACGUACCUCAGCGACGAAUGUCGCUUCAGCCCCUGGCCACACAGCACUCAGUUACACGACCACCUACAUCAAGGCCCAUAGAUCCGAACAGAGGCAAACGAAUAUCAUUCAGCAUGCCCUUAAAGAUCAAUCCAUCUGGCAUCCACUCUCAGCCCGACUCGACUGGCAACAACAGGCGUGCGUCACAACUCCACGACCCCGACACUGCCGGCGAAAGCCCAAUCGUGCAUACCCUGACUGCGAAGGUCGACGGCUCUCAACCAUCGGCAUUCUCAAACUGGCCGUCACCGCCUCCCUCGACAGCACUGCCUAACACACCGACACCAAGAUCAAGAUACUCUCUGGUUCCAGCCCCGACGACACUACCAGCCAUACCAGUGCGACCAGCACCAUUCCCAACCGGCCUUCAAACCCACAGCGCACCCGCCCAACCCCACUCGAACACCAACACCCUCCGCCGCCCGGCAAGCCUCCAAGUCCGCUCCGACUUCGCCCCCUUCCUCUCCUCCGUCCGCAACGCCCAAACCGGCCAGAUCGACGCCCGCGCCAUCCCGAUCCGCGGCAUGAAACCCUCGCGCUCCGCAAGCAACGUCGCUCAACUCGCCACCCACUCCCGGGGCUUACGAUCCACCACCCCGACCGUCCCCGAGGAAGCAGACCAAGCCAUGCCCCUGCCCGACCGAGCCCUCUCACCCAACCUCCCCCGUCCGGGGUCCAGGACAGGUAGUCGACGAGGGCUCAAAACGCGCUCAUCGCUGCCGGAGCUGGACUUUGGCCUUCCGGUCGUCGGGCUGGGUCCUCCCGCUCCUCCGCCUAAUGCGCCCUUACCUCCGCCUCCACCGGGCUCGAGGCCGACGAGUCCGAGUCAACACGGGCAGGUGACGAAUGGGAUUGAGGCGGUGGCGGGGUUGGGGAUACGAGUUUCAUGA